AUGGCUGCGGAGCAACAAAAUUUAACAAAAAUGAUAUCGGCACAGCUACGUAAUAAAGCAAACGAAUUUUUGAACUCUAGAAAACAUGCAAACAAUCUAGCGGAUAUCCUUCAAAUGUUUGAUGCUGAAACGGAUAAUUACACGCCGCUUUUACUUACUAUAGAAGUAAUAUUCUCAGAGUUACUAAAACGGGGAGACCUGGUCCAAGAAAUAAUCCCAUUAAAACCGAUAGAUCACAGCCCAGAAGCUGAAUAUACCAGAUGGCUGAAUGAAUGUUAUGAAGCAGCUUUGGUGCGAUGCUUGGAAUGUAUUUGGCGUGGUCGUACCAAUUCCCGUCUACAGGCACUUGUCACUGCCUGCAAGCUGAUGCAAAUUGAAGGUCAAAAUCCAUUGGAGACCACCAACGGGUACUAUUUCCCAUCAGUCCGUUUGAAGAACAUAUUUACUGUAUUACUGGAUUCUGAAAUAACAAUGUCAGCCCCCAUUGCACGGUUUCAAGAGUUUACUGAAUACAAAGACGUGCAGCAAUAUGGCCUUAAAGUUCUUUCCACGAUUGGUUACAAAAAAUCGCCUUCAUCAAUUUAUAUGCAGAACUACCUUGAGCUGUUAGACAAACUGCUUGCAAAUGAGAUUCCCACAGAGGUAAAAAACAAGAUCAAGGAGAGGGAUGAAGAUAAAGAAGAGAAGGUGCUGUGUGCUGCUGAAGGCAAGCCGCAGUUCAAGUACCACGCGGCGGUGUGCCGGCGGCACGCGAACCGGUGCUGGGGCUUCGCGUGCCAGUGGGCGCUGUGCGAGCAGCCGCGGGCGCACCGGCGCGCGCUGCUGCUGCUGGUGGAGCGCCUCAUGCCGCUGCUGGCGCGCCCGCACCUCGCCACCGACAUGCUGUGCGACAGCCUCGACGCAGGUGGUCCUAUCAGCAUGCUUGCACUCCAGGGUGUCUUAGAGCUGGUCCGAAGACACAACAUUGACUACCCGGAUAUGUAUGACAGGCUGUAUGCUAUGUUUGAGCCAGAGAUGUUCGCAACGCGUUACAAACGUCGCCUCGUGCAUCUCGCUGAUAUAUUCCUUAGCUCCACACACUUGCCUGAAGGCCUGGUAGCAGCAUUUGCGAAGCGUCUGUCUCGAUUGGCAUUGGUAGCUUCACCAGAGGAUGCAAUAUCUCUAUUGCAGCUAGUCUCCAACCUAUUACUGCGGCACCCUGCUCUUAAACGCAUGAUCUGCUAUGAGGACACACCUGCUAUCAUGUGCGCGGACCCGUACGUGAUGGAGGAGACGAGCGCGGCGGGGUCGCGCGCGCUCGGCUCGUCGCUGUGGGAGGUGAGCGCGCUGCGGCGCCACGCGGCGCCCGCGGUCGGCGCGGCCGCCGCCGCCGUGCUGGCCGCCGUGCAGCCGCGCCCGCGCGCGCAGCCGCUGCAGCUCGCGCCGCCCGACGUCGCGAUGUUUGAUGCGGAAAUGAAGAAACGAUUCAAAACGAUAGAGAUGAACUUCAUGCGGCCACAGGGCAUGGCACUGCCGUCUAACGAACGACUCGUGCAGUACUGGGAGCUAAUGGCCUGA